GUCACUAUCUCGCUGUCAAAAGCAGGCGUAAAAGACAAAUUUGCGAAAACGUGUAUUAUUUAUUUUCAUAUAAUCGCAAAAGUCAAAACCUUUUUGCAAUAUGGUGUUUUCAUAAGCAUUAGUGUGUUCUUGAAUUUGAAAAUGGCACGCCAUCGUAAUGUUAGGAACAGAAAUUAUUCUGACGACUACGACUACGACGAUGUUUAUGGACAUUCAGUUGAAGAUGAGAGUUGUUUAUCACCGAGUGAUACUGAUCAGUGGAUGUAUGACCGGUCACGAAAUCAGCAAGCGAUAUCUCACUUCUUAGACAGCCAUCAUGAUAUCCAGGAGGAGACCGAGGAUGAGGUGCCAGAAGCAUCUCGUCCUAGUUUAGAUCGACGGGAGUCUGUAGAUUUGCUUAGCCUGAAUCUCGAUGACGAACAAGAAACGAAGCUUAUGUCCUGCUUAGAUGAGUUACGCAACAUAUUAGGUGAUACAAUAGCAGAAAACAUCUUGAUACAAAGUGUUCUUAACAACAAGUUUGAUUAUAAUAAAGCUUUAGAUGAAAUUUUAAGUAAGAACACGAAUAAAGAACCUGAGGUGCCUAAGGUAGAACAAGUUAAGUCUCUCGGUAUUAUUGAUCCAGUGAAAGCACCUGUUAUAUCAACAAAAGAGUCAAUUCCAAUAGUAGUGGCAUCAGUUUCUGAGCCUAAAAGUAAUGCUGUUGUUAAAGGAUUUAAAGUGAUAUCAGACAACAAUUCAGGGUUGAGUAGUCAUCCACAAACACCCAGAGAUCAGUCACCAGCUACUGAGAGAGUUCUAACACCAAAGAUUGAUCAGUCUGAAGAAAAGGCGUCAACUAAAACAAAAGACAAUAAAAUAGAUCCCAAUAAGCAAUAUACAACUGAAAGGGGAUCGGAUAAGGAUCACUUGUAUAUAGUGGUUAUUGGUCAUGUUGACGCUGGUAAGUCAACUCUAAUGGGGCGUUUACUCUGUGAAAUGGGAGAAGUUAGUCAAAGGACAUUGCACAAGUAUGAGCAGGAAAGUAAGAAGAUUGGUAAACAAAGCUUCAUGUAUGCAUGGGUAUUAGAUGAAACUGGUGAGGAGAGAGUGCGAGGAAUUACUAUGGAUGUAGGUCAUGCUCAGUUUGAGACGAAAACUAAGAAAGUAGUAAUUCUUGAUGCCCCUGGACAUGCAGAUUUCAUUCCAAAUAUGAUAACUGGGGCAGGCCAAGCUGAUGUUGCUUUAUUAGUAGUGGAUGCAACAAGGGGGGAAUUUGAAUCAGGCUUUGAUCUUGGUGGUCAGACUCGGGAACAUGCACUUCUUGUCCGAUCACUUGGAGUCAGUCAGCUUGCAGUGGCUGUUAACAAACUAGAUACAACUACCUGGUCUCAAGAGAGAUUUAAUGAGAUUACAAAAAAACUGAAAGUAUUCUUGAAACAAGCAGGUUUUAAAGAAGCUGAUGUCACUUAUGUUCCAUGUUCAGGCUUGACUGGUGAGAAUCUUGUAAAAACACCGACUGAGCCAGAGCUGUUGAAAUGGUACAGUGGCCCUUGCCUUUUAGAUGUUAUUGAUAAGUUCAAUGUUCCUGAGAGACCUGUCUCCAAACCAUUGCGUUUCUCAAUAAAUGAUGUUUAUAAAGGCACUGGGUCUGGAUUUUGUGUUUCAGGACGCAUUGAAACUGGUGUACUCAAUAAAGGUGAUAAAGUAUUGUUGUGCCCAACAAAAGAGUUGGCUGAAGUUAGAAGUAUAAGUAUAAAUGACAUGACAAAUAAUGUUGCUUUUGCUGGGGAUCAGGUCAGUGUUACACUGUCUGGUGUGGACAUGCAGAAUGUAUCUGUUGGAUAUAUAUUGAGUGAUACUAUCCAACAAGUGCCAGUUACCACUAAAUUUGAAGCAAGAAUUGUUGUUUUUAAUGUCAAAGUACCCAUAACUAAAGGCUACCCUGUGUUAAUACACCAUCAGUCAUUGGUAGAGCCUGCUAAUAUAGUGAAAUUAAAAGCACUACUGAAUAAAAGUACAGGGGAACCUAUGAAAAAGAAGCCUCGUUGUUUAGGCAAUAACUCUGUAGCCGUUGUAGAUAUCGAAGUCUGCAGACCAAUCUGUAUUGAACGGUACAAAGAUGUCAAGGAGUUGGGACGGGUAAUGUUGCGUGUUUCAGGUGUCACAAUUGCAGCAGGUCUUGUUACUGAUAUUUAUAACAUUUGAUUGAUCUGAUAAAUACUCAUAGGCAUGACUAUAACAAUGUGGUGUGAAAAAUGAGGAGACAUUGGAUUUUAAUUAUUUAAUAUUUGUGCAGUUGCUUAGCUAUUAUGAUUGUGAAAAUUGCAAUGUUAUAAUAAUGAUGUACAAUAAUGUAUCGUGCUAUAUCAAUCAUUGGUUAUAAUUUAAUAAAAUA